CUGCAAAGAAGGAUCACAUCCAUGUCAUUCGUCAUUUAAACUAGUUGCAUAAAGAAGAUGAAGCCAUUUGUUUUUGUCAUAACCUUCUGCCUCAUGGCUCCUGUGGGCUACAGUCAGCUUUUUGGUCCUCCUGGACCUGAAGGCCCACCUGGGUCACCUGGAGAACCCGGGGCACAUGGAGAACCUGGAAAACAAGGACAGAAAGGCUUGAAAGGAGAACCUGGGGCUCGAGGGCCUACAGGACUACAUGGAAUUCCAGGACCUUAUGGACCAACCGGAGCACCUGGAGUGACUGGCCCACCUGGAACUAUUAUAAUGUGUGGACGAGAUCCUAUUGGCUCUUUUCAAAGCGACACUGAAAAGCUAAUGAAGCGAAUUGCCAAGUUUAAACUUGCUGUAAACUAUGAUUUUGUCCAAAUAGUUGAUCAAAAAUACUUUGUCUCCAACAAGCACAGAGGCAGUUUCUCAGAGGCUGUAGUGUUUUGCAACCAACGUGGUUUAGAGCUGGCGUUGCCACAGAACGCAGAGGAGAACAACGCACUGACUCAAGUUCAUGGCAAAUUCAGAGCCAAAGCCUGGAUCAAUGUGAACAAUAAAAAAGCUGAGGGGGAGUUUAAAACUGACAUGAAAAAUCGACCUCUGACCUUUAAAAAUUGGGGAGAAGGGCAGCCAGACAAAUCCAUUGAGGAUACAGGCUGCACAAUGCUGUCAGAAAACGGUUCCUGGCAAGUGACACAUGAAUGUUCUCUCAAUGUCCACAUCGUUUGUCAGUUAUAG